CGUGCUGCCAAUUGUGCAUUCCUUAAGCAGACGAGGAAUCCUCUAGUGCUGUUGAGAAGAUCGGGCUUUGCGCAGAACUCCAGCAAACACUCAAGCGAUCAACACCUCGCCCCCUCAACAACCAUCACGCCACCAUGGCGCAGUUCUUUAACAACUUAGGGCGUCGUGCCAAUUCUCGGCCACCAAAUUCCGCGCAGAUGCCAAGAAGGUCCCCUACGAUAAAUACCGAUUCAGCCGCCGAAUCAAACUCCCCUUCGGCGACAGUAUACGGAAAUGGUCCCAAGCCACUUUACCUUUCUAAUCCUUUUGUGAAGGCCGCUCUCGUCAAAGGGAACUUUAAGACAAUCGUCGCUCAGCCACGCUAUUGUGAUUUGAAUGAGUGGGUAGCUGUGAACAUUUUCGAUUUCUACACGAAUCUCAACAUGUUCUACGGCAUCCUUGCAGAAGUAUGCACUACGUCGAAUUGUCGAACGAUGUCCGCAGGGCCCACACUUGACUAUACUUGGAUCGACUCCUCUCGCAAACAAGUCAAAUUACCGGCGCCUACUUAUAUUGACUACGUGAUGUCCUGGGUACAGCAGACAAUCGAUAAUGGAAAGGACUUUCCCACCAAAUUCGGUGUUGAUUUCCACCCGAACUUCCCCACGAUUGCCAAGCAAAUUUACCGCCAACUCCUCAGAGUAUUCGCUCACGUUUAUAAUGCCCACUUCACACAUCUCCUGCACCUUAGUGCAGAAGGUCACUUUAAUUCGCUUUUUGCCCAUUUCCUCGCAUUCGGAAAACAGUAUGAUUUACUCGAUUAUAAGGACAUCAAAGGUCGGCCUGGCGAGGGCGUCGGUAUUGGGGACCUUUGGGAUAAGUGGAAGGAGAUGGGCAUCCUUGAGCUCUGACGUCUCCGCAUUACCCGACCUUUUGCAUUUGACAUUCUCUGGUUAGCAUAUCCCACUGUACCUAUGUACCACCGAUCCAGUAAGCAGAUGAACUGCACGUUCCUGGAGUCAAUCCGACGAUGCACUUCGUAAAUAUCAAAGUUCGACAAUGUACCGAAUUUCUGUGGUGCAAAGGUGGUAUAAAUUACCGCAGAUCUAUGAGUUACACUCUCGUCGAAUU